UUGAUUUUCCUUGACAAAUGCUCGACGCGACAAACAUCGCGCUAAGGAAGCUAAAAAACAAACGAUUAAAAGCGAUUCAUCAAGAUUAUUAUCAAAUUCGUUUAUACAAGUUCUAAUACGACAAUUAACAUCUGCCGAUUGAUCGGGCCGAAAUAAUUUCAUAUCUCAACUCGAUGAUAUGUUGGUACUUAGUCGGUUUACAUAAGAGAUAAAAUUGUUUGUGAACAAUCAGCCAGUACACGAAGCCAGCCUGGGGGGACUGCGAUGAAAAUGAACCGAGUUUCGUCAGUUUGACUAAUUAAAUCAUUUAUGAUCACGCAUCGUUAGUUCAUCUCGUAUAUAUCGCGAAAGUUGAACGGUGUUGUACGGAAGAGAGUUGAAUUUAAAAAAAGUGAUUUCUCAUCGUGUCAAUUAUCAGUUACAGAGACGAUUAAAAGUGCGCUCAUAAUGCCGCAUAAUCAUAGAAUCAGUGUAAUUACCGUGUCAGACAAACAUACUGACGGCGAUAGGAAUAAUUUCAGUUACACAACAGGCGAAGCUGUAAAGAAGAAACCAGCAGACUUCGAGACAGCGAUCGCAACCGCCGGUUAUGGAAAAUUUCAGUAUCUUCUUCUUUUGACGAUUAUUCCCGUUUCAUGGUCGAACAGCAUCGACACGGCGAGUGUGGCCAUUAUUCUUCCCUCUGCAGAAUGCGAUCUGCAAAUGACGUUGUUUCAAAAGGGCGUCUUGAACGCAAUCAUUUUCGUGGGGAUGGUUUCCAGCGGUUAUCUAUGGGGUUACGUAGCCGACGUUCGAGGAAGAAAAGUCGUCUUCAUGUACGGCUAUUUAGCUGAUGGUAUCUGCAAUAUCCUCUGCGGUUUCUCGCAGAAUUUUUGGACGCUAGCUUUCUUCAAGUUCCUCAGCGGUUUUAUAAUAAGUGGCCCGCAUGCAUCGAUUCUUGCUUAUUGCUCAGAAUUCUACGGGGUGAAGGAACGAGUUAGAAUUCCACUCGUCAUUGGUUUCUCCAUUACUUUUGGAAACACUGUGGCAGCAGCCCUUGCCUGGCUCGUCAUCCCUCAAACUUGGUCCAUCGUCCUUUGGGACGGUGUUUUCGUCUACAAUUCCUGGAGACUUUACCUGUCGCUCUGUGGAGUGCCAAGUUUGAUCGGCCUCGUUUGUCUCUCCCGAUUCCCGGAGAGUCCAAAGUUUUUGAUGUCACAGGGUCGUAGGGAAGAGGCGUUGGAAGUUUUCAAGAAGAUUUACAGAGUAAAUUCAGGCAAACCCGCGGAUGAAUUUCCGAUACAAUUGUUAGAGGACGAGACUUGUAAGAAAUCGGCGAAUAAUGAAGAGCAAGAUGGCAAGCUUAAAAAAAGAGUGAUAUUUUUUCAUCCAUAUCUACUUCGACUCCUUUCGGUAACGACCAUGCAAUUUGGAUCGAUGUGGGUAACAAACACUCUGCGCAUGUGGCAGCCACAACUUUUCGCGAUGAUGGAUGAUUUCGAUUCCCACGAUCAUAAUUCAACAAUGGGAAAACAAUAUACAUUUUGCGAAAUUUUGGAUCUUUCUUCCGCCGGGAAUGAAAUUUCGAUAACCACCGCGGAUGGAGCAGACUGUUCAGUCGUCAAUGAAACAGUUUACAUGAACACUGCCAUUUCAUCCCUCUUCGGAUGCGCCUGCCUGCUGGUCGCGAGCCUUAUGCUAAAUAUCUUGAAUCAUAAAAUCUUACUGUAUAUCUGUUAUGGAGUAUCGUUCUGCUGCAUAGUGUGUUUAUAUUGGUCAACCAACGCACUGUUAACAUUGAUACUCACUGGCAUGACCGUCGGAUUUACAAACACUACUUUAAGUACCAUCAUCGGUGCGACUGUUAUCCUCUUUCCAACUUCAUUAAGGGCAAUCGCAGUUAGCUUGGCGAUGAUGGUAGGAAGAAUCGGGACCAUCGUUGGUAAUCUUCUGUUCCCAGUUCUUCUCUCCUAUGGAUGUCUGGUACCCAUGAUCCAACUUGCACUCUUCACCUUACUUUGCAUCGUUUUAACGUGGUUGCUUCCGCUGUACAAGGAGAAGUCGAAGAAAUAAGGGACACGUGGAUUGCGCGAGAGUUGUCGAAAGGA